UUCAAUAUAAUCGUAUGGUCUUUGGCAUUGCUCCUGCACCAGCCAUCUGGCAACGCACCAUGGAAGAACUGUUAAAUGGACUACCCUAUGUCCAAUGCCUUUUAGAUGACAUGUUAAUCACGGGCAGGACGGAGGAAGAACAUCGACACAAUGUAGAGAGGGUACUGCAGCGGCUAAUGACCUACGGGUUGAAGGUCAACUUGGAGAAGUGUGCUUUCAUGCGUGACAAAUUAGAAUUUUGUGGCCAUGUUAUAGAUUGUCAUGGUCUACACACUGCUGAUGACAAAGUCAAGGCCUUGCAAGAAGCUCCUAUACCACAGAAUGCAUCACAACUACGAUCAUACCUUGGUCUCCUUAACUAUUACCACCGUUUUCUUCCCCAGCUAGCCCAUACGUUACACCCACUACAUCAGCUUCUUGAGACAAAUCGAUCCUGGUUGUGGAGCAGUGAAUGCAAUAAAGCCUUCCAGGAAUCCAAGAACCUACUCCUGUGUUCCCGCAUGUUAAUGCACUAUGAUCUUCAGAAACCACUCAUGAUAGCAUGUGAUGCUUCGCCUUAUGGUUUAGGGGCUGUAUUGUCACACACAAUGCCAGAUGGGACAGACCGACCGGUAGCCUUUGCUUCCCGUUCUCUAACGACGGCAGAGAAGAACUAUUCCAAAUUAGACAAGGAAGCAUUGGCCAUUGUAUGGGCUGUUAAGAAGUUCCAUAACUAUAUUUAUGGUAGGCAAUUUACUCUUUUAACUGACCAUAAGCCACUGCUGACCAUCUUUAAUCCAAGGAAAGGAAUUUCAACCACUACAGCGGCUAGAUUGCAAAGGUAUGCUCUAACUUUGGGAGCAUAUCAUUACUGCAUCAAAUACCGGGCCCAUGAUUCCCAUGGCAAUGCUGAUGCCAUGUCCAGGCUUCCACUAAUGAAUUCCUUACCAGUUGUUCAAGGAAGCCUUCCAAGUGUGUGUUUUACGGGUAUAGUACAUGCCAAACAAAUUGCAAAGGAGACAGCUUGUGAUACUGAAUUACAACUUCUGGCAAAGUAUUUGACAGAUGGCUGGCCAAGAACUGGCUGUGAUGUGCAGCGAGCAUACAUACUACGAGCGAAAGAACUCACACUCAGAAAUGGAUGUAUUUUAUGGGGUGAGAGAGUUCUGGUUCCUAAUGGGCUACGACAAGCUACGUUAAAACUCCUUCAUGAAGGACACCCAGGCAUUGUCAGAAUGAAACAGAAGGCUAGGGGUCAUGUUUGGUGGCCGGCCAUUGAUAAGGACAUUGAGAACUAUGUUAUGGCAUGCAAAGGGUGUGUUCAAGCUCAAGGACAGCUUCCACGAGGAGCUGUACAACCAUGGGACUGGCCUACUACUCCUUGGGAGAGACUAUAUUUGGACAUUGCCGGUCCUAUUGAUGGAAUCUCAUACUUAAUCAUAAUUGAUGCACACUCUAAGUGGCCAGAAGUAAUUCCAAUGACAAGGACUACAACUACUGAAGUCAUAUCAGCAUUAGAAAGACUGUUUUUAGCAUUUGGGUUGCCAAGAAAACUGGUCACAGACAAUGGUCCCCAGUUUGUGUCACAAGACUUCCAGAAUUUUUUACAUAUGAAUGGAAUUCACCAUCAUCGGACGGCACCAUAUCACCCAGCCACCAACGGGCAAGCAGAGAGAUUUGUCCAAACCUUUAAAAGGGCACUGAAAGCGCUAAAAGCAGAGAAGCAGGUUAAUACUAAAAACAUUUUACAAUUUUUGCAACAAUAUAGGGUUACUCAACACCCCACCACGGGAGUUGCCCCAGCUCAACUAUUGUUUGGCAGGAAAAUCCGUACAAAGCUGGAUUUAAUCACACCAGAUGUAGCAGAAACAGUCCACAUCAUGCAAGAUAAAAUGAGAGUGGGAAAACCUUCACGGAAGAAAAGAAUCAAUGAGCUCAGGUAUCAACAGAGAACAAAAUGA